AUGUUGUUCACUUCACUCUUUACAGUGACAGCACUUCUCGGUAUCACACACGCCCAGCAAUAUGGCGGGUAUGGCUAUCCUCCACGCCCUACUACUACUUCAAUCACCGCUCAGACAUGCAAAUCUGCGACCACUGUUACGAAGACUUCCAUCAGCACAGUGAGCAUCCCUGGAAAGACUGUGACAAGCCAGGGCUCCUGUGCAGCCACCGUUAAGACAGUAUCAAUCCCCGGGUUCUCCGUCACCAAGACAGUUUCGAUUCAUGGGGCUUCAGUCAUCAAGACAGUUUCAAUCCCUGGGGCUUCAGUCACCAAGACAGUUUCAAUUCCAGGGGCUUCAGUCACCAAGACCAUUACAAGCCAGGCCUCCUGCGCAGCUACCAUCAAAACAGUCUCACUUCCUGGGUUUUCUAUAACCAAGACAGUUACGAACCAAGCCUCUUGCGCGGGCAUGCCUGUAUCCACGGCAACAUUGACAAAGACGACCACUUUGACUGGAGCUGUCUCAACGAUCACAUCCACCAUUGCUGGCGCCAACUCUACGGUCACAUCGACUGAGCAUGUUGCUGGAGUCAACUCUACAGUUACCAGCACAACCACUCUAGCUGCAGUGACUAUGACAAUUGAUGGCGGCAACUCUACUGUCACGACCACCCAGACAUUGCCUGCGAUAACGACAACCAUUGACGGAGGCAACUCUACUGUUACAACCACACAAACCCUCGCUGCGGUUACUACAACAGUUGAUGGUGCAAACUCGACAGUGACGACCACGCAAACCCUCGCUGCGGUAACUUUGACCGUUGAUGGAGCCAACUCUACGGUUACGACAACCGAGACUCUGCCCGCGGUGACUUCGACGAUUGAUGGCGCAAACUCAACGUUGACGACCACUGAGACGAUGACUACAACGGUUGGUGGAGCCAACUCAACAGUAACGGCUACCGAGACGUUGCCUGCAGUAACUACAACAAUCGAUGGAGCCAACGCCACAGUCACAACCACGCAGAUAGUGCCUGGAAUGACCAUGACAGUUGAUCUAGGCAACUCUACUGUCACAACCACGCAAACACUGCCUGCAGUGACUUUGACAUUGGACGGGGCCAACUCUACAAUCACAACCACCCAGACGUUGCCUGCGGUGACUACAACGAUCGAUGGUGCUAACUCGACCAUAACGACUACGCAAUUCGCUACAGAGACACUGCCUGCAGUGACUACAACGAUCGAUGGUGCCAACUCUACAAUCACGGCCACCGAGACGCUACCUGCAGUGACUACAACGAUCGAUGGUGCUAACUCAACAAUAACGACUACGGAAUUCGCCACGACGACUCUGCCCGCUCAGAACUUCACAACAACUGCCGUCUUGACACAGACACUGAACUUGACAGCAACCGAGACUUUGACGCAGAUACUGAACUUGACAGCGACAGCGACCGCGACAGAAACCUUCACAACUACUCUGCCUGUGGAGACCAUCACUCAAAACUCCACAGCCACCGCUACGGAGACUCUCACAACCACUGCCAUUUCAACACAGACCCAAAAUUCUACAACCACUGCGACUGAGACCCUAACAACCACCGCUGUCUUGACACAGACUCAGAGCCUCACAGCAACCGCGACAGAGACUUUCACAACAACUCUGCCAGUGGAAACUGUCACUCAGAACUCCACCACUACCGCAACGGAGACGCUCACAACAACUACAGUCUCGACACAGACUCAGAACUCCACGGUUACUGCGAGUGUGACUCAGACUAUCACGACAACCGCCGUAUCAACACAGACACUGAACUCUACAACUACUGCGACGGCAACGACCACUGUGGCUCCAGCCUGCACAGCAUCUGGUACAGUGGCUAUAGCUGCGUGGGCUACCCUCACUGCUGGUGAUGCCCUUCUAAAACAAGGUGCCAAUAACCUUACGUCAACUAUCUACACAACAAACAGCAAUCUUCCUCAACGUUUCGUGACGAGCGUACCAGCCUGCUCUGGCUCUACAUACUCAGUAUCAUAUUCUGCUGAGCGGGGCACCUACCCGGCUGGUACUGCGACUGUUUCGCUCUUGGUUGACGGUGUUCGCACGCUAGUCACUACAGCAUCCAAUGCGGCAGCUAACACUGUAACCUUCAAGGCUUCUAGCUCCUCAAUGUCUCUGGUGAUGGAGUUCGCAUACUCGGGUGGCACUAAUCAAGCCAAGGACGCAAUCGCUCGUAACUUUGUCCUGACCAAAGUUAACUGA